AUGGCUUCCCCUCAGGUCAACGGCGUCAGCCCGCAGUCGGCUUUCCUGGAGUACCCGCUCGUCUCCGACAGCGUCUCCACCGUCAAGGAGAACAAGUAUGGCCAGCAGACCCUUGCCUUCAGCACCUCCGCCUACGAGACGCUCGCCAAGCCCGUCCUCCCGUACCUGUCCAAGCCCUACGGCUACGUCUCGCCCUACGUCAAGAAGGCCGACUCCCUCGGCGACCGCACCCUCGACUCGCUUGACCAGCGCUUCCCCGUUGUCCGCAAGCCCACCGCUGAGGUGUACCAGGACACCAAGGACUUUGUCUGGUACCCUGUCCGCAAGGCCACCGAAGGCCGCGACCAUGUCUUUAGCGUCUACUCGGGCGAGCGCAAGCAGGUCGGCGGCGACGGCGUGCUGCCGGCUGGCAAGGCGGUCGCCCUGACGGCAAUCACCGUCACCUCCGAGACGCUGGCCUGGGUGCGCACCUACCUUUCGGCGGCCAAGAAGCAGGCAGAUGCAAGCAUUAGCGAGAAGACGCCCAACGGCACUAACUAA